GUUUGAGUUUUAUUCGCACCCAUUACGAAUUUCGGUAUUGUCUCAGCUUGGGUGGAGUCUCCGGAAAAGAUGCAUCCCCAACUCUUCCCAAUCUCCUUUAUGUUUGUCGCGAUCGUAGCGCUAAUCCCGGCAUCUUUAGCGCAGGGCAACGAGCAAUACCUGAACUGCAGCCAGCUUUUCCAAUGCGGGAACAUCCAGGGAAUCGGUUACCCUUUCUGGGGAGCAAACAGGUCCCAGUCCUGCGGCCACCCGAGUUUCUUCCUGAACUGCACCGGGGAAGCCCCGGUGCUCACCAUCCAGACGCGGCCUUACCGUGUCCUUUCCAUCGACAACGCAACGUACGCUCUCACAGUAGUCAGACAGGAAUUCUGGAACGACACUUGCCCCCAGUACCUCUACAACGCCACUCUGGACCCGGACCACUUCAACUACGCGGCUGAUACAGACGAGCUAGUCCUUCGCUACGGGUGCACUACACUUGUCCCCGGCAACACGACAAUUGCGAAUCAGUUUCCGUGCCUCGCGAAUGGGACCGAAGGAACUUUCGGUAUUUUCGCGUCGGCUGGUCUUACGACCAUGUUGAAUUUUACUACUGUUAGUUGCAAUACAAGUGUGAGUGUUCUGGUGAAUUCGACUGUGGGUGCGGGUUUAUCGAGCAAUGGUACUUCAGCGAAAUUGACAGAAGUGCUUGAAAGUGGUGUUGGGUUGGUGUGGGAAGCCAACAAUACUAACUGUCAGCGGUGUGUCGGCUCGGGCGGGGCGUGCGGGUCGAAUUCCUCGAAUCCUGGUUCGCUCGUUUGUUAUUGUUCGGAUGGGGAGUACGAUGCAAGCUGCGGAUCAAGUCAACCCGGAACAGAGAGCAAAAGGAACUUGGGAAAAAAACUUGGAAUAGGGAUUGGAAGCGUUUUGGUUGUUGGGGUAGUGACAACACUAGCCCUGUUCUACUACUUUGGGCGAAAUUCCUCUGGUAAAUCCUUCAUUUUCUGGAAUAAUGAAAAUGAAGUUCAUGCAAAUCUUGAGGCCAUUCUAAACAACUGCGGGUCCCUUGCUCCAAAAAAAUACAGUUAUUCAGAAGUAAAGAAAAUGACCAACUCCUUUAAGGAGAAAUUGGGUCAAGGAGGAUAUGGCCUAGUAUACAAAGGUAAGUUGAAAAAUGGCAGCCUCAUUGCAGUGAAGGUCCUAAAGGAAUCAAAAGGCAAUGGGGAAGAAUUUAUUAACGAGGUCACAAGCAUCAGCAGGACAGCUCACAUUAACGUAGUCACUCUUCUGGGUUUUUGUUUCGAGCGUCGCAAAAGAGCUCUCAUCUACGAGUUCAUGCCUAAUGGGUCACUGGACAAGUUCAUAUCUGACAAAAAUUUGUCAGUAGAGCAUCAAUUAGGGUGGGGAACACUCUACCAAAUUGCGAUUGGAAUUGCUAGAGGGUUAGAGUACUUGCACCGUGGUUGUAACACAAGAAUUUUGCACUUUGACAUAAAGCCACAUAACAUUCUUCUAGAUGAAGGCUUCUGCCCAAAGAUCUCUGACUUUGGCCUCGCCAAACUAUGCCCUAAGAAAAACAGUAUCAUAUCAAUGUCAGACACAAGAGGUACAGCUGGCUAUAUUGCUCCAGAAGUAUUUUCUAGGAUCUACGGAGGGGUCUCUCACAAGUCGGAUGUCUAUAGCUACGGAAUGAUGAUUAUAGAUAUGGUUGGAGGGAGAAAGAAUGUGGAUCUUGGAGUUGACCAUACCACUGAAUAUUUUCCUGAUUGGUUAUACAGGCAUCUUGAACUGGCUGAGGAAAUUGGACAGCAUGGUAACAUUAACGAAGCAGAAACAGAAAUAUCAAGAAAGAUGACGACAGUUGGCUUGUGGUGCAUACAAACAGAUCCUUCUAGUCGACCAGCUAUGAGUAAGGUGGUGGAGAUGUUAGAAGGGAGUCUAGCGUCCUUGCGAAUCCCGCCUAGGCCUUUCUUGGCUUCUCUCCAAAGAGCACCGGCAGAAUCUUCAUCCACAGAUAAUCUAGAGUCAUGCUCCUCUAACGUAUGAUUAUUCUGUCCCAACGGCCAAGGUAAUACGGAGGAUGCAGUCGUUAUCCGGAGUGAUUGGGCUGUCUAUUCCUCUAAAUUAGCUACUCUGUGUAAUAGAGUGAAUUAGCAUAAUGGCUCGAGGAUGCCUAUUAUUCUCAAAA